AUGUUCGACAUCAUCUGCACUUUGCCUCUACAAUCCGACGUCUUUGCCCAAGUUAUCCAUCCCUCCGAGCCUCUAUUUACAGUCGGCUUAUCUUCAGGGCAUGUGCACACAUACAAACUCCCCUCCGACUCUGAUGUCGUCGAGGAUACCUCUGAAGGCAGCUCCUCUUCACCACCGAAAACCUCAAAUCUGAUCAACGGUUCUGGAUCAACCCCCAUUUUACCAUCCCUUCGCCGGUCAUCGACAGGAAGCGUCUCGGAAAGUGGGUUAGGAUCAAUAAAUACACUUUGGACCACGAGAAGACACAAGGGCUCAUGUCGAUGUCUUGCUUUCAGUCAUGAUGGAGAAACAUGCUACUCGGCCGGGACUGAUGGUUUGGUAAAGGCCUUCACCACGGACACGGGAAGAGUCAUCAGCAAGAUAGCAAUUCCGCCAUCCAUUGAAGAGGAAGAAGUUGAUGGACCUACGGUAUUACGCGCUCUAUCACCGCAAGCGCUUCUGCUUGGCACAGACUCGGGGAAGCUGUAUCUGCAAGACUUGAGGCAAGGGGGGAAAGAGAUCGCGUCCAGUGCUAGUCAGACGUGGACUCCUCACGGCGACGAACAUGUCAAUGCACUGGUGCCUUUGCCCGUCGGUGAAACUAGUACCAGCGGAUUUCCCAAGCAAUGGGUCAGCGUGGGCGGCACCACACUUGCAGUGACUGAUCUUCGCAAAGGGACGAUGGUGACAAGUGAGGACCAGGAAAUUGAAUUGACCAGCAUAGCUGUGGUUCAGGGUCUCCAAAAGGGCGGCACCAGUGUCGGUGAGAAAGUCCUGGUGGGUCAAAGCGACGGCGUUGUAAGUCUGUGGGAAAAAGGUGUCUGGGACGAUCUUGAUGAACGGAUCGUAGUCGAUCGAGGAGGACUAGCAGUGGAGAGCUUGGCCGAAGUCCCGUUCGGCUCUUUCCGGGGCAAGUUGAAGAUGAACGAAAAAAUCGUGGCUGCGGGCUUGGAAGACGGAAGAGUUCGAUUCAUUCGUCUGGGCCGCAAUGGGGUUUUGGCCGACGCGGAUGCCAAGCACGACGAUAUCGAUGGAGUGGUGGGCCUCGGAUUCGAUGUGGAGGGUCGCAUGAUCAGCGGGGGAGGCCAAACCGUCAAAGUGUGGACAGAAGCCAAAGGUUUGCCCGGUGGGGGACGAAGUGGAAUUUCGAAACACGAUCUGUCUUCUUCCGACGACGACGGCGGUGAAGAAUCUGAUAGGGAAGACGACGGCGACGACGAAGAGCAGAGCACAAAGCCAAAACGAAAAAAGCGAAAGAGGAACAAGGGAAAAGACAAAUCGGGUGGGAAGGCGUUGGACUUCUCCCUAUGA